UACGACUUGAUAAUUUUUGCGAUAAAUCGGACAUUAAGGUGUACUCCGACAUCCAGUGGCCCACCACUCAACCAUGAUGUUAUACCUUAAGAAAACAAGCCCUCUAAAUGAACACACCAAUAUCCUUUAGAUAAACAAAAUCCGCGAGAGGUCAAACAAUACGUACACAGAAUGACAAGCGUAUACUUUGCAUAGACCUAAUAUUCAUACAUUUCAUUCAGGUUUGUUGAAAUGACUCAGUAACAAAGUUCUCAAUCAUUUUCGCUGCACCUGUGUUAGUUGAUAAAUUAGCGUAAUGGCGACAAGCGGUAAGUUUGCUUUUUGGACUGCUCUUCUGAUAAUGUGUUGGACAGAAUCUUACAGCGGUCAAAGAUUAAAUUCGAUCACAGACACCUGUUCAGGACCAGAUGAAACGGAUAUUCUCAGAAAAGAACUUAAUGUUUUACAUCAAAUUGUUAAAGACCAAGCCAUUAAAAUGGAAAUUCUCAAAGGAGAACUGAAUUCCGUCAACCAAAAGCUUUCCAAAUGUUGCUCUUCUACAGGACCCUCACCUUCUGAUAGUGAUGGUCAUUACGGUAAAGAAUUCCUUAUCGCCUUUCCAAAAAGCCAGGGGUCUGUUUCAAAAGUGCAAGUAUUGAUCACUGCAAAAGAAGACGCCUUUGUGGUCUUUGAGUCAGCACAUCCUGGAGUCAACAACACGUUUGAGGUCGCAGCCAACGCGGGAAAAGAAGUUUCACUUCCGGUCUCCGUUGUCAUGGACAUGGAUGGGAUCUUCAGGAAAGCUGUGACAAUUCGUGCAUCACAUGCCAUUAGUGUUUACUGUGUAAUACAGUGCAGUUGUUCUGCAGCAGAAGGAUUUCUUGUGUUUCCAAGUCGGUACUUAGGGACAACGUAUCUCCUGUCCAACAGCGAUUUUGCGAACAUUGCUAUCGCUUCCCAACACAAAAACACCACAAUAAAAUUAACUAUACUUUCAUCACCAAGCUACAUUACCUGGAGAGGAAUUAAUUAUACUGAAAAUGAGGUUAUUAAAAUUGAACAUUUAGCCGACUUAAAAACACUUCAGUUUAGUGCAAACGGUUACCUCUUUGGGUUAAUAGAAAGCAACAAUCCAAUUGCUGUCAUUUCCGGAAGCUCUAGUGAUGCGUCGAUGUUUGAACCCAACAGCGUCAUGGAAUAUAUGAUACCGGCGAAGAAUUUCGACUUCAAAUACAUAAUACCAAACUUUGCAAAAUCACAACAAGAUACGUACCAAUUUCAAUUUCAGGACCAUAAUGAAAACAGCGUGACUAUCCCGGGAAUAGAUGUGACGAGAGGUGGCGGAACGGAUCUAUUCUAUUAUGCCUUUGGGAAUGGACUCCCUUGUAUUGCUAAGGCAAACGAAAUCAUGAUGCCUGUUGUUUUUUCAUCGUACGAAUCAACUUUUAUGACUUUAAUACCCUCAAAGGAACAAUACUCAAAUGACUAUAGAAUUUUAACACCAUCUACAUCACAAUUUAGCCAUUACAUUGUUAUAACGAUACAAGCCACUCAGAUCAGUGGAAUACUCAUAGAUAGGGAACCUAUACAAAAAUAUAAAAAUACUAUGAAAUCUGUGACGGACUCCGACUCAAAGGAAGAAUACAUUACAAUAACUAUUGAAGUUUCCACAGGAUUUCACCAUAUCUAUCACACAGACUCAGAUAUGACAUUUGGUCUAAUUCUGUAUGGAUACGGAACUAGUGAGAGAAUUUCAUAUGGAUAUCCAGCUGGACUUAGAUUAAAGUAAUUCAUCCUUAAAUUUGCUGUUGUAUAGAAAUUCUCCUGCAGUCCAAGUCAUACAGAGUGUCACACUGAGUCCCCCCCUCUCUCUCACAAGUCAGCGAAACCUGUUCAGCGAGGACGUCCUCACAAUGUUUUUGAGAAAAUACACCAUAAUGUUAUUGUAAAGGCUAAAAUAUGUACUAUUUUAGGUAGUUAUAAAUCCAAUACUGUCUUUUGAAUUGUGAGGAAUGUUUUAGAGAGAGAUUAUCAGUCGGGACAUUCCCCACAUCACGCCCCCUCUAAUCUAAUACCGUUUGUGGGUCACGGUUAUGAGAACUGUAAAAACAGAAUUUUUGUCCUCAUAAUGCACUUAUGUCCUUAUAACGCAGGUCAGAAAGUUAAAAUUGUCUUCGAUUUACACAUUUUAUCAGCCAAUUCUAACUGUACAUACUACCUCCAUAUGAAAUCUUUCUGGGGGUCAUCGAGACUUUUCUUUGGUGUAAUAAAGUUUGUAAUGCGCCGAGAUUUGCUAAAUGGUCCUUAUUAUCUUGAGUGCUGUGAAAUCAAUUUUGUGAUUCAGUAUUUGUUUUUUGUUGAAAUUUUAUUUUAUAUACAUAAUCAUAUAUAUUCUUUAAGCAAUUUUUUCUAUGUGUUCGUAAUUUGAAUAAAAAACCAACAUAUUCA